AUGGUCAGCGAGUCAUUCGUUCAUGCAUGUGCCGGCGGCGCCGGUGGUCUCGUGGCCAUGACUGCCACAUACCCGUUGAUGGGCAUUUCAACUCGUGCUGCUGUGGACCGUUCAAAACACCCUGGUGAGUCUCUCUUCAAAGCCAUCACGACGGUCAUUGCCAAGGAGGGCGUACGCGGUCUGUACGAUGGUCUAGGAUCGUCUCUCAUUGGCAUUGGUGUGACAAACUUUGUAUACUACUUCUUUUUUGAAGCUGCACGGGACUUUAUCCUUACGUCGAAACGCUUCACACGCUCUGCCAAGGCCAAACUUGGUGCACUCACGACAGUACAGAGCAUUCUUGCUGGUUUGGUCGCGGGUGUGGCCACAGCUCUGAUCAGCAACCCAAUCUGGGUCAUCAACACUCGUCAGACUGUUCGUGUCACGCAAAGCGACAAUGAGACCGAUCGCACGAAAAAGGCCGUGAAACGCAAGACUUUCAUACCUUACUCUCAGACACAUUGUCGAGAAGGAUGGCGUCCGUGCUCUCUGGAAGGGCAUCGGUCCAGCUCUCGUCCUUGUGACAAAUCCUGUGCUGCAGUACACGGCGUUUGA